GAGGCGGCGCGCCGCGAGAGGAGGCGGCGGCGAGAGGAGGCGGAGGAGCAGUAGGCACCGCCAUGGCCGCGGCGCUCACCGACAUGGCCGACCUGGAAGAGCUCUCCCGCCUCAGCCCGCUGCCCCCCGGCAGCCCCGGGUCCGCGGCGCGCGGCCGGGCCGAUCCUCCGGAGGAAGAGGAGGAGGACGACGACGAGGAGGCGGAGGCGGAGGCGGUGGCCGCGCUCCUGCUGAACGGCGGAGCGGGCGGCGGCGCUGGGGGCGGCGAGGCGGAGACCAUGUCGGAACCGAGCCCCGAGAGCGCCAGCCAGGCGGGAGGGGACGAGGACGACGAAGAGGAGGACGACGAGGACGAGGGCAGCAGCAGCGGCGGUGCCGAGGAGGAGAGCAGCGCCGAGAGCCUGGUGGGCAGCAGCAGCGGCGGCUGCAGCGGCGACGAGACGCGCUCGCUGAGCCCGGGCGCGGCGAGCAGCAGCAGCGGCGAUGGGGACGGGAAGGAGGGCCUGGAGGAGCCCAAGGGACCGAGGGGCGGCCCGGGAGGCCCGGGCAGUGGCGGCGGUAGUAGCAGCAGUAGCGUGGUGUCGAGCGGCGGCGACGAGGGCUACGGCACCGGGGGAGGCGGGAGCAGCGCGACCUCCGGGGGCCGGAGAGGCAGCCUGGAGAUGUCGUCCGACGGGGAGCCACUGAGCCGCAUGGACUCAGAGGACAGCAUAAGCAGUACUCUAAUGGACGUAGACAGCACAAUUUCCAGUGGGCGUUCAACUCCAGCAAUGAUGAAUGGACAAGGGAGCACUACUUCUUCAAGCAAACACAUUGCCUAUAAUUGUUGUUGGGACCAGUGCCAGGCGUGCUUCAACUCUAGCCCAGACCUGGCAGACCACAUCCGUUCCAUACACGUAGAUGGUCAGCGCGGAGGGGUGUUUGUUUGCCUGUGGAAAGGUUGUAAGGUGUAUAACACCCCGUCCACCAGUCAGAGUUGGUUGCAGCGGCACAUGCUGACACACAGUGGAGACAAACCUUUCAAGUGUGUAGUUGGUGGCUGCAAUGCCAGCUUUGCUUCUCAGGGAGGGCUUGCUCGCCAUGUACCCACACACUUCAGUCAACAGAAUUCCUCAAAAGUUUCUAGCCAGCCAAAGGCCAAAGAAGAAUCUCCUUCUAAAGCUGGAAUGAACAAGAGAAGGAAACUAAAGAACAAAAGACGACGCUCAUUACCACGACCACAUGAUUUCUUCGAUGCACAAACACUGGAUGCCAUAAGACAUCGAGCCAUAUGCUUUAACCUCUCGGCUCAUAUAGAAAGCUUAGGGAAGGGACACAGUGUUGUUUUUCAUAGUACUGUAAUAGCUAAGAGAAAGGAAGAAUCUGGAAAGAUAAAGCUCUUGCUUCAUUGGACACCUGAAGACAUUCUGCCAGAUGUGUGGGUGAAUGAAAGUGAACGACAUCAGUUAAAAACUAAAGUAGUUCAUUUAUCAAAGCUGCCCAAAGAUACUGCCUUGCUGUUGGACCCAAACAUUUACAGAACAAUGCCACAGAAGAGGUUGAAGAGAACUCUGAUAAGAAAAAUGUUCAAUUUGUAUUUAAGCAAACAGUGAACGACAUUUACAAUCAACUAAAAAUUCGUCUAUUGAAUUAGGUCUGAGAAUUACUGUUAGAGUGUUGCCGUAUGUCUGUUGGCUCCCUUUUCAGGACUAGGGUCUUUCAUGGGGUACAGUGUGUUAUAUUUACCUACAUAACUACUCUUGUUAAUGGUUUUUGAAAAAAACCGCAAUUUCAAAUUAUUUGAAUAAUCUUCAUAUUUUCAUUUAACCUGUGACUCUAAUUUUUUUCCUGAGGAAAGUGUUGUUUUUUUGAGUUUUUUUUUCCUUAAUGUAAAAAAAAAGUAUUUUUUUUAAAGUAUCUUCAAACCGAAUCUUUUAUGCACCAAAGUUGGUUUUGAAAAGGAAAAUAAAAUCACUUUCUUGCUUGGCAAGCAAGAAGCCAUAUGGAAUUUUUUUAACUUUACAGAAAUGGAAAAUAUGUGUAACUUGUCAGUACUGUAUCAAACAAAUGUCGCAUAGAGAUAAUAGAGUGUUGCUUGUAAAUAAUUGAGCAGAUUUGUAAUAUAUUUUUCUAUUAUGAAAUGUACUGUAGAUGUUUUCUAGAGGCAUGAAAGUCAAUGUAUAUAUUAUGGUAGAAAUAAUAUUGAAGGAAAUUGUAACUCACUAGUGCUGCCAGAGGGAUUGCUAACAAAGCACCUUUAACAAGAGAUGUCUUUGCAGACGGAAGGGACUGUGUACUACUGUUAAUGUCUAAGAACAAAGCAUUGGACGUCCUUCCAGAGCCUCUCCUCGAGGGCCGUGGCCCUCCCCUGACAGUGACUGAGUGGCUGUUCCCACUGUGGGCGCACAUCCUGGAAAGCUGUGCUGUGCAGUUAGACUGCAGAAGCGCUCCGCCUCGGGAGUUCCCACUCCUGCACUGACAGGAAAACCAGCAGUUUUUACACUCAGUUUUUUAAAAGAAAGUAGACAACAAUAUAAAAUUAAACCUUUGGUUCCAAAAUGGGAAGGGUUCCAUGAUCAUUUCUCAUUUGCUUUUAAAAGCAAAACCAGACACAAAAGGAACUAAAAGUAUUGGAGGCUUGAACAGGACAGGGGUAAGAGGUAGACGUGCAGAGAGUCAUCGCUGCUGAGGGACCCACGGGAAAGCACUGCCAAUGAGGAUACUCUGGAACGGCCGUCUAAUGUGCUCUGUAGCAGACGGGAGUCUAUUUUCAGAAGAAAAGCAGUGUGUUCUUACUAUUUUUUUUUCUUUUGCUUAAGCACUUCAUCAUUUGUUUUAUUCUAUAUCUGCGAAGUACUCUGCAAUCUCCUUUGUUCCUUUUAAAUUUUGGUUUGUUAUAACAUUGCCAAAUAGAAGUGUUUUGGACAUAGAGUUUGUACCUGUAUUUUUAUUUUACUGUCUCAUGUUCUUGUAAGUCAUUCUUAAUUGACCGAUGAUUGUAGACUUUGCUUGAGUAUUUUUUCUAAUAAAACAAAGCAAAUCACAUUUAGCUUCAAAUUGUAACAAUUCAAUUUAAUUUUCAGAUGACAUCUGGAAAUACACAUCCAACAUUCUUUAGUGUAUAUAGAGCAGAUUAGUUACUGUCAUUAUAUAGAAAAAUUUAGAUGUUAAAACCAUAGUGCUGGUUAUUGAUUAGCCUCUGAGUACUCAGUUAUUCAUGGUCCCUGGUGAUGUGAUGUGGGUUUGACACUGUUACUAGCACACCAAGACUAUGAAGUAAGCAAGCUAAGCUAGUUGUAUAACUUGUAUGUAUACAUACUUACACACACAUUCAAGUCUGAUUGGAAAGUGUGGACAUUUUCGUCUAUAAUGUUCAUUAAUGUUUCUUCUUCCUCAGCUCUGUGUGCUUCCUGUGCCCACAUGACACUUUGUGGUGGGCCUAGGAUUAUAUUUCUGUUUACAAAUCCAUGUCUAGUCCAUCCAGCAUUGGACAGUUUGUAGUCCACAGACACAUUUAUUUAUUUUCAUGCAUGUUACCUGAUUUUCCCCCUACAUUUUGGAGUAGUGAGACCUCAGGGGCCUGCAAGCCUGAGGUAUUUAGUGUCUUCAUCAUAAAAAGAUGUUUGUUCUUCCCUUGUAUAGCUGAUAAAAAUUUUGGAGCAGUAAACAUAGACCAUACAAUUUAUUUGUACUUAAUACGGCAGUGUUGUGACGUUGGUAGUGUGCACAGUGCUAAGUUUUCGAGAAGGCCAUCUCAUACACUUUGCAGGAGGCAUCCCAUGGGCACUGGAGACACAUGGUGUUUGAGUGGAGCUUCCAUGUUGGAUUUCUUAAUAUUGUUGAGAACCCACCAUUUUACCAACUGUUUUGUAUUACAGGGAUUAAGUGAGAAUCUGUAAAUCAGAUUCUGUGUUUCAACCACAAGUAACAUUGGUUUUAUCUAAAAGAAUCUUGAAAUACGAAAUAUUGUAAAAUUUUAAGGUUCUUUAUUUUUCUAUUAAACCUUUUCAUACAUUAAUGUGGUUACACAUUAAUUCUGAAUUUCAGAUGAAAGGAAAAUAAAGUGGAAAAUAUUAACCCUCGAGUAUUUUCAAAUGUGUCUAACUCAUUGAUAGUAGAAAGCUGGGUGCACUAAGCCUGCAAUUGGGAGGACAAAGCAUGAGGAUUACCAGGAGUUUGAGGCCAGAGUGCGACCUUGAGUCAGAAGAAACCAAAAAAUGUUGAUAGCUAUAGUUCCCCCCCCCCUGUCUUACAUAUUAAUAAAGUAGGGGCCAUCAAAGUGGCUCAACAGUAAAGGUGCUUGGUGACAGGCCCAGUGGCCUGACUUCCACCCUGGGAUCCACAUGACAUGGGGAGAGAACUCUGAAACUGUCCUGUCUGCCCCACCCCCAAGUAAAGAGACAUAUCAGUAAAACUUUAAACAUGAAGAUGGUGGAAUUGGCCAUAGUUUAAAUGUGUUCUGUUUGCUUUUUGAGUUAUUUUUCUUGAUUCACAGUUAACAAUAGAUAUGAGAUAUUUAAUAUUGAGUGAAUAUCAGAAUGGGCAAAUGUGGUUGAGCUAGUUUAAAUACUUUGAGUGGCUGUGUAGUCACAGCUUUAAUUUUUUAUGUUUAUAAUCCUCAUGUAAGUUCUAAAGGUAAACCAAAUGUUAGCCUAUUUAGAUUUGUAAUACAAAGCCUGACAUGUUGAUGUCUAAGGAGGCCUCAGGUUGCAGAAAUAAUAUACAUAUUAAUCUAUAGAGAGGUUAUUUAUAAAGAAUAAUUAAAACCAUAUAUUAUUUGGAGGUUUUUAGAGGAAUGGCACUUUGUGAGGUUUUAAUUUAAGAUAUUUUUCUAUUCCAUUUCAUAAAAUAAUAAAAAAUUGGAAAAUAUUUGCAUAAAUAUUUUAAUUGUUGAAUCUUGUGACCUGGUGUAGGGCAUUUUGCAAUCCUAACAUUGCGACUUUAAUAUAAAUACCAUUUGCAGAGUUUUUAUUUGUAAUAAAAAGGUGAGAAUAUUUUGUAAUUUCUAAUGUUUUCUUUUGAGCCUCAAUAGCCUUAAAAUAUAGGCAUGAAAUGUUGUAUUCUGAUUUUUCUAAAUUGUUAAAAUUUACAAACAAAACUUACCUAGUGUGAUCUCUUUCCCAAGUCAAGUUUGUACAGUGCCACACGUGGCUUUGUUAAUCUGGAAAAGGCUGUAAGCAGGUUAGUGCGGGAGUUAUUUUCUAGGUCAGACCCUGCUUGCUGUAUGUACCAGAUGGCUUUUCAGAGCGAGCAAGAUGAUGACAAAUGUGUGUUCAGUAUCGCUGUGAAGUUGUCUUCGUGUUUGACCCACACAGCCUGUGCCAGGAUUAUAGUCAACAGAAAACAAAGUGUGUGUCACGUGGUGAGCUGUAACGAGGAAUGCGUGUUGUAGUAAGGUGCAGUGAAUAACUACAGGCAGAAGACACUGUAGGGCUGAUGGUAGGGGCUGAUGUCUGCCUUUACAUACAGACUUAACAAAGGGACCUGUGCUUGGAAACCUAAACAUCCUCAAUGUGACGGAUUACUGAUGUUACAUUUCACGAACUCAGUUGUAAUGUAAUUAUUUUGAUUUAUUUAAUCUCAUUAAAAAUACUUGUUUUUGGCAGAACCCUAUAAGAGUAGUAAGACCUUGAUGAAAUUGCUGUGAAUGGCGUUUCCAGUAACCCUGUCCUGAGGACCUUCCUGGCCUGUGGUUUCUCUGAUUUUUGUGGUUGCAGAGCCUUACUGUCCUCUGUUGCAAUGUUCCUUUCCUUUAUUGUUUAUGCUCUUUGGACUAAAGAAAACUUGUUUUUGAAAUCUUACAACUUUAUAAUGACUUAUAUGUUUUCUUGUAAAGAAAAAUUUCACAAAUUUA